CAAAACACGAUCAUUCCAAAGUGUUCAGGACAGCCAGCGACAGCACGCAUCGAAAUGUUUUCCUCAGAAUCGUUCAUUGAGCUGUAGGAAGCGGACGUGCGACCACCCGCGUAUGCUAUGCGGCAAUAUCAACGUGUGUGAUACGAGAGCCCAAAGAAGAGAAAACUUGUGAAGUGUACAAACGAAGAAAGAAUUCCCGAUAAUCCUUAGUUUUCAAUCAGUUUUACUUGCGUUCUGCAAUCAAGAGGAUUUCCUGGAGUGCAGUGAUCGUCAGCUAACGGUGCAAAUAUUGGCCGGAAAAGGUGUAGCAUCCGAACAGAAUGGACCAACCCAAUCGUGGACGCGGUCGCGGAACACGUGGCGGACCCGGCGGCAGCGGUGCGCAGCCGAACUGGAAGCAGGGCGGUGGUCCCUCCCGCCCACCGUACGUUUCCGACCGCCCCCAGGAAGCAGCAGGCACUAGCGGAAAUGGUGGCAACGGUAACGGCAAUGGCAACGGCAACGGAAAUGGAAAUGGAGAUCCAUCCACUAGAUCGGUCGUACCGGUGGCACAGCGCGGCGGCGGCAACGGUGGCGGAGCAGGGGCCGGCGAUGGGCCGUCGGGGCGGGGUGCGAUGCGCGGAUCGCGCUACGUGCCGGAGGUGGUCGUGACCCGGCUGCCGAACGCACCGUCCAAGCAUGGCACGCUCGGCACGAAGCUGCUGCUCAAGACGAACUACUUCCGGCUGACGCGCAAGGAGGACAGCGUCAUCUUCCAGUACCGCAUCGACUUCGAUCCGGUGGUGGAGGAUCAGCGGGUGGUGCAUGCGCUGCUCCGCACCCAGGGCCCGCUGUUCGGGCCGUACAUCUUCGACGGCACGAUGCUGUUCCUGUACAACAAGCUGCGGCAGGACGAGGUCGAGCUGCAGGUGAAGGACCCGCGCACCGACCUGCUGUACAAGCUGCGCAUACGGCGCGUCGGCACGGUCGACAUGACGUCGGAGAAGGCGUUCCUCAUACUGAACCUGAUGCACCGGCAGGCGAUGGGCAGCCUGAAGCUGCUGCCGAUCAAUCGGUACUACUUCGACCCGCUGGCCAAAAUCUCCAUCCCCCAGUACGGGCUGGAGCUGUUCCCCGGGUACGUGACGUCGAUCCGGCAGCACGAGAAGGACGUGCUGCUGUGCGUGGAGAUCACGCACCGGGUGAUGCGCACGGACACGGUGUACAAGACGCUGCAGAACAUGCAGCGGCAGCCGGGCGCGUUCCGGGAGAACUUCGUCAAGAUGGUCGUCGGCUCGCAGGUGAUGUGCACGUACAACCAGAAGUCGUACAAGGUGACGGACGUCGACUUCAACACCACGCCGUCGUCGUCGUUCACCAGCCGGGAGGGCGAAAACAUCACCUUCAUGGAGUACUACCGCAAGGCGUACAACAUUACGAUCCGCGACCCGAAGCAGCCGAUGCUGGUGUCGACGCCGAGCCAGCGCAUGCUGCGGUCGGGCGCGAGCGGCCCGAUCCUGCUCGUGCCGGAGCUGUGCCGGCUGACCGGCAUCACGGACGACAUGCGGCGGGACUUCAAUCUGAUGCGCAGCAUCGCGGACCAGACGCGCAUCGGGGCGGACAAGCGCAUCGAGCGGCUGCAGCGGUUUAACGAGCGGCUGCAGGAAACGCCGGCCAGCCGGGAGGUGUUCACGUUCUGGAAGACGGAGCUCGACCGGCGCCUGGUGGAGGUGCCGGCCCGCCUGCUGGCGCAGGAGACGAUCAUGUUCCGGGCGGACGGGGGCGGCGUGCCGGCCGGCCCGGAAGCGGACUGGAAUCAGGCGUUCCGCAACAAUCACAUGUUCAAGACGGUGCCGCUGCAGCGCUGGUUCAUCGUGUGCGAGCGCAAGGCGGAGCAGCUGACCCGGGACUUUGUCGGUGCGAUGAUGCAGGUCUCGAACGGGAUGGGCUUCAAGGUGGCACAGCCGCAGAUCCUCUAUUUGCAGAACGAUUCGGGCGCGUCGUACACGAACGCCAUCAACGAGCUGAUGAACAAGGAUCCGCAGCUGGUGAUGUGCAUCGUGCCGAACGAUCGGGCCGACCGGUACAAGGCGAUCAAGAAGAAGUGCUGCGUCGACCGGCCGCUCCCGUGCCAGGUGAUAAAGGCGCGCACGAUUACGCCGAAGAAUCAGAACCUGCGCGCGCUGCUGACGAUCGCGACCAAGGUGAUGAUACAGCUGAACUGCAAGCUCGGCGGCAUACCGUGGAUCGUGAAGAAUCCACUGAGCAGCGUGAUGGUGGUCGGUUUCGACGUGUGUCACGACGCGAGCGACAAGUCGCUCUCGUACGGUGCGCUGGUCGCGACGAUGUACGCCGCCAAGCACAUCGAGCCGAAGUACUUCUCGGUGAUCGAGCGGCACCAGCGGGGCGAGGAGCUGUCCAGCUUCCUGUCCAGCAACAUCGUGAAGGCGCUGCGCAAGUACCAGGAGCAGUUCGGCGAGGGCGUGCUGCCCCGCCGCAUCCUCGUGUACCGCGACGGCGUCGGCGACGGUCAGCUCGGCCACGUGGUCGACCACGAGGUGCGCGCGAUCAAGGAGAAGCUGACGCGGGUGUACGAGAACCACGAGUUCAAGUCGCAGCUGACGGUGAUCGUGGUGAACAAGCGCAUCAACACGCGCCUGUUCGACGGGGGUCGCAACCCGCCGCCCGGCACGGUGGUGGACGAUAUCGUCACGCUGCCGGAAAGAACCGACUUCUUCCUUAUCUCGCAAUCGGUGCGCCAGGGUACGGUGUCCCCGACCUCGUACAACGUGAUCUUCGACGAGAGCGGCCUCAAGCCGGACCAGCUGCAGGUGUACACGGCGAAGCAGACCCAUCUGUACUACAACUGGUGCGGUUCGGUUGCCGUACCGGCUGUCUGCCAGUACGCCCACAAGCUCGCGUUCCUGGUUUCGCAGUUCAUCCAUAACCAGCCCCACAAUAUGCUAGAAGGCCGCCUCUAUUAUCUGUAGAGAGUCAGCGAAAGAGAGGAAAAGAGAGAGAGAGAUAGAGAGAGAAAAAGAGUGCGAGACAGAGAGAGAUAGAGAGAGGGAGGAAGAGAGAAAAAAAGAAAGGGGUGAGAGAUAGAGAAAAAUAAGAGAGAGAAAGAAGAGAAAGAAAGAAGAGAGAGAAAGAAGAGAGAGAAAGAAGAGAGAGAAAGAAGAGAAAGAAAGAAGAGAGAGAAAGAAGAGAGAGAAAGAAGAGAGAGAAAGAAGAGAGAGAAAGAAGAGAGAGAAAGAAGAGAGAGAAAGAAGAGAGAGAAAGAAGAGAGAGAAAGAAGAGAGAGAAAGAAGAGAGAGAAAGAAGAGAGAGAGAAAGAGAAAGAAGAGAGAGAGAAAGAGAAAGAAGAGAGAGAGAAAGAGAGAGAGAAAGAGAGAGAGAAAGAGAGAGAGAAAGAGAGAGAAAGAAAGAGAGAAAGAAGAGAGAAAGAGAGAGAAAGGAGAAGAGGGAGAGAGAAAGGAGAAGAGGGAGAGAGAAAGGAGAAGAGGGAGAGAGAAAGGAGAAGAGGGAGAGAGAAAGGAGAAGAGGGAGAGAGAAAGGAGAAGAGGGAGAGAGAAAGGAGAAGAGGGAGAGAGAGAGGAGAAGAGGGAGAGAGAGAGAGAAUUUUUUUUAAUUACAUUCAUUUAAUUACUGUUUCACCUUUCUUUAUUAUCGACCCGUCGCUACUAGUUAGUGACGCAAAGAAUUACCAUUUCAACUGCUACCUUGAAAGGUGGAAGCAACAAAAGGAAGGGGGGUGUCCUCUAUUAAGUGUUAAACACACCCCAACGCCCCCCGUCGUUACCUACUUUUUUGUAUUUUUUUUUGCGCUUUACUUUCAAUCGAUACAGUUCUUCCUGCCACGCGCGCUCCCUCCCUACACAUUGCUGACAACUAAUUCGAAGCUCUAAGCCAGAAUUAUUAUUGUUUGUAAGUAAGAUACAAAGACGGAGAAUAGCUCUGCAAUUGUGCCAGAAUUUUAUAGAAUGUACUUUACAUCCCCCCCCCCCCUCCCGUAAUCGUUUACCAUUCAUCUCAGGGUAAUUCAAAGAACAGGGAACGAGAGGUGUACGUUAGUUGCUAAGCAUUGUUUCUACAUUUUCUUACCGUUAUCUCGAGUUGGAUAGAUUUGUUUUUGAUACUUACAUUCAUUGUUGCACAUACAUAUACCGCACGCACACACAUGUUCGUAGACUGCGCUUAGAGGUGGCCAUUCCAGAAUUAGGAGACGACAAAAUCCCCCUACACGGUUAUAUACAUGAGGUUAGCGUAGGUUUUUUUUUAAAUAUUUUUACUGCUUUUAUUUUACAUAUUUUUUGGAACAUCUUACAAAUCCAAAGUGGACUUCAAAAGGCGCAUAUUGUGUUGUGACCUUGCAAACGAACUGUGGAGACGUUUAUAUAUGAGCGAAAUCGAAUAAAAUGAACUUUUUGCGAUAAUGUAAGAA